AUGUCACUGCUUACCACUGGGCUUCUGCUGAGCCUGCUUGGCCCUGUGGCCUGCUGGGCACUGGGUUCAGGUUCUGAGCUACGCUCAGCCUUCUCCGUGGCCCGGACCAGCAGCCUGGAGGGUACAACAGAGAUGGCAGUGACCUUCGACAAGGUCUACGUCAACAUCGGAGGUGACUUUGACCCCGGGACAGGCCUGUUUCGCUGCCGAGUUCCAGGGGCCUACUACUUCUCCUUCACUGUGGGUAAAUACCCUCAGAAGAGUCUGUCAGUGAUGCUGGUGAGGAACAGGAAUGAGGUGCAGGCUCUGGCUUUUGAUGAACAGCAGCGGCCUGAGCGCAAGGCAGCCAGCCAGAGCGCCAUGCUGCAGCUGGACUACGGGGACACAGUCUGGCUGCGCCUCCAUGGGGACCCCCAGUACGCACUCUAUGGUUCAGCAGGGGGGCCCUGCACCACCUUCAGUGGCUACCUCAUCUAUCCAGACACCUCCUCCUACUUCCAUAGCCACCACAGCCUCCCUGCUCAGCUGCCUGGAGCCCUGGCAGCAGAGCCCGAACCCGAUCCCCGCUCUGCCUUCUCCGUGGCCCGCUCUGAGAGCCUGGUAGGGAUUGAUGAAGCACCUUCUGUCAGACACAGGCCACUGACCUUUGACACGGAAUUCGUCAACAUCGGAGGAGACUUUGAUGCCGCUUCAGGGAUCUUUCACUGCCGCCUGCCUGGCGCCUACUACUUUUCCUUCACCAUCGGCAAGAUGCCUCACAAGAUGUUGUCAGUGAAGCUGAUGAAGAAUCGGGACGAGGUGCAAGCCAUGAUCUAUGACGAUAGCCCUUCAAGGCGGCGGGAGAUGCAGAGCCAGAGUGUGAUGCUGGCCCUGAAACCUGGAGACACAGUCUGGCUCCACAGUCACCAGCACGAAGGCUAUGGGGCCUAUAGUAAUCAUGGCAAGUACAUCACCUUCACUGGCUUCCUGGUCUACCCAGACAUCCCUCCAGGCCAAUUCAGCCCCCAGGACCCCUGAUCCAUUCUCCAAAGGGGGGCCCUGUGGAGACAGAAGACACAGCUGGGUAUGGGAGGGGGAGGGAUGCAUGCUGUGGAUACAUGUGUCUGUCUUUAGUGCCCAGGUGGGCUCAACUGACAUGUCGGUGUCACUGUGUGAGCAUGAAAGCUGGAAACGCUGCAGGAGCCAGUCAGUGGGGAUGGGGUCUGCACU